AUGGGACUGAAAGCCAGGAAGGCGGCAGCAGCACCGCUGCCUCGGCCGCCACCGCCGGGGGCUGGUGAUUGUGGUGGCCGCGUUGGAGGGGACCUAGAGGAGAAGAAAGCGGGGCUCGCCGGGGACCUGGAGCAGGGCUCUUUGGCCCUGGGUGCUGGGGCGGACAGAGAUGGGGCCCUCCUCUUGGAAGGAGCGGGCAAGGAGGAGGGGGGCAAGAGGUCCGCUCAAGGGAUUGGGCUGCUGGCGAAGACCCCACUGAGCCGACCCGUCAAGAGGAACAACGUGAAAUACAGGCGGAUCCAAACUUUGGUCUACGACGCCUUGGAGAGGCCCAGGGGAUGGGCGCUGCUCUAUCACGCCUUCGUGUUUCUGAUCGUCCUGGGGUGCUUGAUUUUAGCUGUCCUGACAACAUUCAAGGAAUAUGAAACCGUUUCAGGAAAUUGGUUGCUGUUGCUGGAAACGUUUGCCAUUUUCAUCUUUGGAGCAGAGUUUGCCUUAAGGAUCUGGGCUGCGGGCUGCUGCUGUCGGUACAAAGGAUGGCGGGGGAGGCUGAAGUUUGCCCGGAAACCUUUGUGUAUGUUGGAUAUCUUUGUACUGAUCGCCUCUGUGCCGGUAGUGGCUGUUGGCAACCAAGGCAAUGUCCUGGCUACAUCACUGAGAAGCCUGCGUUUCCUUCAGAUCCUGCGGAUGUUGCGGAUGGACAGGAGAGGAGGCACCUGGAAACUUCUGGGAUCUGCCAUUUGUGCGCACAGCAAAGAACUCAUCACGGCCUGGUACAUCGGGUUCCUGACCCUCAUCCUCUCCUCGUUCCUGGUUUACCUGGUGGAGAAAGAUGUGCCUGAAAAGGACGAGGAUGGGAAGGAGAGGAAAGAGUUUGAAACUUAUGCCGAUGCCCUUUGGUGGGGACUGAUUACGCUAGCAACCAUUGGCUACGGCGACAAGACCCCCAAAACGUGGGAGGGGCGCCUGAUAGCAGCAACAUUCUCUCUCAUUGGCGUUUCAUUUUUUGCUCUUCCGGCCGGCAUUUUGGGUUCAGGAUUGGCUCUGAAAGUGCAGGAGCAACAUCGCCAGAAACACUUUGAGAAAAGGAGAAAGCCUGCGGCAGAACUCAUACAGGCUGCCUGGAGGUACUAUGCUACUAAUCCUAACAGGAUGGACCUCGUUGCCACCUGGAGGUUUUAUGAAUCGGUUGUAUCGUUCCCAUAUUUCAGGAAAGAGCCGGUGGAUGGGACCAGCCAAAAGCUGGGUCUCUUGGAUCGGGUUCGUGGUACCAAUACUAAAGGAAAGCUAUUUACCCCUCUGAAUGUAGAUGCAAUUGAAGAAAGUCCUUCUAAAGAACCUAAGAGUGUUGCCUUGAAUAAUAGGGAGCGUUUCCGCACUGCAUUUCGAAUGAAAGCUUAUGCAUUCUGGCAAAGCUCCGAAGAUGCUGGAACCGGGGAUCCUCUGGCAGAAGACAGAGGGUACAGCAGUGAACUCCUCAUUGAAGACAUGAUCCCCACGCUGAAGGUUGUCAUCCGAGCUGUCAGAAUACUACAAUUCCGCCUCUAUAAGAAGAGAUUCAAGGAGACUUUGAGGCCUUAUGAUGUAAAGGAUGUGAUAGAGCAAUAUUCAGCAGGACACCUUGACAUGCUUUCCAGGAUCAAAUACCUUCAAGCGAGAAUAGAUAUGAUUUUUGCACCUGGACCUCCAUCCACUCCCAAGCAUAAAAAAUCCCAGAAGGGAGGAGCGUUCACUUUCCCUUCGCAACAGUCUCCAAGGAAUGAUCCAUACGUAGCCAAAGCAUCCACAGUAGAUCUUGAAGACCAAAGUAUGAUGGGCAAAUUUGUCAGAGUCGAAAGACAGGUCCAUGACAUGGGGAAGAAACUGGAUUUUUUAGUCGAUAUGCACAUGCAGCAUAUGGAGCAGCUACAAGUCCAAGUCCCUGAGGUCCGUCCGUCAAAAGAAACUGCAUUCCCAGCAGAGGAUAACAGAUAUUCUGAAUUGAAAUCCAUCAUUUACAAAUAUUCUGAGCCUUCUAUUCAUGAAAUGCCUCCAAGCUUCCACCAUGUUCCGGUGAACAAAGUUACUCCUUUUGGAUUCUCAACACAGGAUCAUGGUAUUGGUCCACUUUCGUUGCCAUUGGGCGGGCAAAACUCCAGUAGGUGGCAGGCCAUGCCAUUCUCAACUUUGUACGCAGAAAGGCCAACAGUUUUGCCUAUACUUACAUUCGUUGACCCCCACGUUUCCUACCAUUCUCCACCAGGAGACCUCCAGAGCCCCCACUCAGACAGAAUCUCUUCCAGGCAGAAAUAUAGCUUUACGAGAGACAGCGACACUCCAUUAUCCCUCCUCUCUGUCAACCAUGAGGAACUUGAACGCUCACCAAGUGGAUUCAGCAUCUCCCAAGACAAAGAUGAUUUCCUUUUUGGGUCAAAUGGGGGGUCAAAUUGGAUGAAAGAGAAACGCUACUUAGCUGAGGGUGAAACGGACACAGAUACCGACCCUUUUACUCCGAGUGGCUCUAUGCCUCUGUCUUCAACAGGGGACGGGAUCUCAGAUUCAGUAUGGACUCCUUCAAGCAAGCCAGCUUAAAAUUCUCCAACGGGGGUGGGGGGUGGAGUCACCGACUGGCUUUGUCUCGUAAUG